AUGGACUCCUUAAAGCUACCAACGACUGCAGCUCAGGCAAAAGCAUUCACAGCUCCAAAUUCUUUAUUGUUUCCUCAAGGAAUUGAUGGUGAAAACAAAGUCGAACAACAACAUCAAGAUGUCACCGAUCACAUUCCAAUGAAGAAGGAAGAAACUUCUGAUGUCAUCGAACCAAAACAAGAUGAAGAUGACGGUGCCACUUCUGGUAUCGUGCCAACCUUGCAAAAUAUCGUGGCUACCGUCAACUUGGAUUGCCGUUUGGACUUGAAAACUAUUGCUUUACAUGCUCGUAAUGCAGAGUACAAUCCAAAGCGUUUUGCUGCUGUUAUCAUGAGAAUUAGAGAACCAAAGACUACUGCCUUGAUUUUCGCUUCCGGUAAGAUGGUUGUCACUGGUGCCAAGUCUGAAGACGACUCCAAAUUAGCCUCGAGAAAGUAUGCAAGAAUUAUUCAAAAAUUAGGUUUUAAUGCCAAAUUCACCGACUUCAAGAUCCAAAACAUUGUCGGAUCGUGUGAUGUGAAGUUCCCAAUCCGGUUAGAAGGUUUGGCGUUCUCGCACGGAAAUUUCUCGUCUUAUGAACCUGAAUUAUUCCCUGGUCUUAUUUAUAGAAUGGUGAAACCAAAGAUUGUGUUGUUGAUUUUCGUCUCUGGAAAGAUUGUCUUGACUGGUGCUAAGCAAAGAGAAGAAAUUUAUGCUGCGUUUGAAGCCAUCUAUCCUGUGUUGAGUGAAUUUCGCAAGUCCUAA